AAGCUCACUGCUUCCAGGCGCUGUCCUGAGACAGCCCCGCCUCCUCUCAGUCUUCCUAUUUCAGCCAGCUUGACUCUUCCAGCCAGCCAGUUCCUCGGAGCAACUGUGGGAGACACAGCAGAUCUGUCACCAUGAAGGUGACCUUCUCGGUUGCCGUCCUUGUUCUAGCCAUCUCAGUGUGGACUUCCUUUGCAGUUGAUUUCUCCCUUCCUAUGGGCUUUCACACGACGGAGGAGCUUCUGAAAGAGACAAAGGCCCUGUGCGUGAAGAAUGUACAGAUGUGCUGGAUACUUACCUACUUCAAGCUCAGUGAGCCGAUAUGUGGCAGUAACCAGGUUACCUACAACGGCGAGUGCCAUCUCUGCUCCGAAAUUCUAUUUGAAGACAGAACUAUAAUUAAAGCGCAUGAUGGGCCAUGUGAAACCUCCUCCAAUUAGUUUGGACAAAAAUAAAAGUUACUGAGUUCCCGGAGAGCCACAUGGAGCAUGAUUGACUCUUCGAAGAUACCCAAUUCGGGAGACAGGAUCUGGAGUUCAGUGGUAGAGUGCACUAGUGUGCAAGAAGCCUUGGGGAGUGUUGAAAGAGAGCAGCUCCUUGAGAGAACACUUUGGUAGUAGAAGAUACUUGGAUCAAAUUCAUUGAUUUGUUUCUUCAAUAAAUGAUUCUCAGCAUAAA